UUGAAUUCUUUUUUAUUUUACGAAGAGCAACGGACCCCAUCCGUUCAUCCGUCAGUCAUUCAUUCAUUAUUAUACAUAGGGAAAAAUUGGUUCUAAGCUGUGGCCAUUAAAGAAAGCAACUUCAUAUUUUUGGUUUACAAACUAAAUUUAAUAACGAAAAGAUGCAAAGAAAUGUGAUAAAAGUGUUUAAACGGGCAACAACAACAACAAAUUGAAGCAAACGAAGAAAGAAAAUGGUAGAAGGCAAAACUAUUGCAAGCCUCCUCCGCCACACAAGCGGCACCAAACUUCGUGUACAUUAGAAUAAAGGGGGAGAUAGAAUAGGAAAGGAAGUGACAGAGAUCUCUGGCAGCAGUGGCGCGACGGCUAGUAGGGGAGGUGGCAUACAAAUUGGAAGUGUUCUUCGAGUAAAGGAAGAUUCUAUACCUACUCUUGGUUUGGUUGGUUGGCUGCCAUAUAAAAACGCAAGCUUAGUAUAGAGGGGAACUUAAGCAUUUUUUUAAGUUUCAAAAAGAAAGGAAGAGCAUAAAUACGUUUUAUUUUUUAUAGAAAACCAUACAAACGAAACUUCUUAAACCUAUACGUCCAACAUCAAACAAAACAGAAACCAUGGUCUCUACUAGGCAAAUGUCGACAACAGGCACAAGCGGUAGCGGCAACAUGCCAUCCUCCAUGGAGGAAAUGAAUCUUCUGCGUCCAGUUGUCACCAGACAAUCAAGCACCAACUCCAGUGGCAGUAUAUCAUUGUUAACACCGGCGUCGUCAUCGUCGUAUUCUUCAUCAUCAUCGUCAUCAGUGGUUGCAGCAGUGGGAAUAACCCAUGGCACUGCCUCAACCAGUGCCCGACAAACGCAGGCGUUUAAAUCGUAUUCCAAUUCAACUGGAUCGAAUGUAAUAACGACGACGACAGCGGCGACUACGACGACGACGUCACACCAACAACAUCCACAGCAGAACAUCAAUGGUAGUCACAUUGUUGUUGUCCGUGAUCAACAACAAACGACAUCACCAUCAUCGAAGGCAACAAAUUUAUUAGAUUUGCCCGAAGAAGUUCUUUAUACAAUAUUGUCAUAUGUUGGUUUUAAAAAAACGGGUCAAUUGCGUGUGGUAUCCCACAAAAUGAACGAUGUUUGCAUGCACAUGUUGAAUUCGACAUUUUCCAAGUUAAUCACCAAGACCUACAAUCGUUUUCAGGCCAUUAAGGCCAACAUGCCACGCCGUGAAUCGGCCAGACGUAAUCAUCCUCUAGCUUGUGAAUGUGAUAUCAUUGAGACGUGUUAUAUGCGAUUGUCGCUUUUGCAAAUGACAUUUGGUAAACAUAUCGAACGUGGCCAUUGUUGUUUCUUUCCGGGAGCAAUACUCGAUGAGGUGUAUACAAUUUUGAAUUACAUUAAGAAUACACCAUGCCUGGAGCGUCCCUAUCGGGUGACCGAUGAACUCUUUGAUUUAUCAACAAUGGCCAUGGAGUAUUUUAGGGAUCACAUAGAGCCCACAUUGCCGGGCAUUGCAUAUUUCAAUAAGGAAUUCUUUAAAUUACCCACAACAACGAAACGACCCUUGGUGAUUGCCUCCGAUUUAGCUGACAACUCCUCCAGCCUACCCUCACCACCGCAAAGCAAUAUGGUAUUGCGCAAGGGUAUUCGGAAGAUCAAGCAAGGCAUGAAAAUCUAUAAUAAUCAAUUAUCUGUGCUACGCAAUGAAUUGCGUACCUGUAAACGUAAAUCCGCCGAGCAGGGCAAACAAAUUGCCGAACAGCAAAAACUCAUGGCCGAACAGCGUAAGCAAACCCUGGAAUAUGCCAAUCGUUUGGAUGAAAACGACAAGAAAAACGAAGAAAUGGCAAGGAAAUUUUCCACAUUAUUACAGGAACUCAACAAAUGUAAAACUGAAUUGCAAUAUUGGCGUUCAAAAAGUCCGGCCAUACCCACAUGUGCAUCGUGUGGCCAGAAAGUCACACCCACCCUACCGGCUGAGGAUUAUCAGGCUCUCAUCAAUCAGGGUGUUAAACCGGAAGAUAUUAUACUCAGUCUCAAGGAUACCGAUGUCGAUAAUGACAGUGAUUUAAGCCUGAACGACAGUGGCUGUAAUAAUUUGUCCCUAUGCAAUGAGGAGUUUGCAUUUCCGGAUGAACAAACCACAGCCAAGCUGUUGGCUGUGAACACGGCCUCUAGGAAUCUUAAACGCCAGCAUUGUCAAUUGAGUACCCCCUCACAGGCAUGUAAUGUUUCAUGCAACGAGCAACAGCAGCAGCUGCAGCAUUUAACAGAAUUUGUGGAUUGCAAUGAGGCUUCGACUAGUUCAAGUGCCUUUAUUGCAACUGGGGGUGGUGAUGGCUAUGCGACACGCCUAUUCUAUGGAGCCACACACAACAGUGGCCCAAAGAAUGUGGCUCAACAUAAAAGUGUUAUUGUCUCGCCACAAUCCCAGCGAAUAAGUGUGCUGGAACAUUCAAGAAAUAACGAUGCCAACGAUCCCGUACCGGAUGACAACAAUUCGCUGGCCGCUCUCAAUCAAGAUAAGGCUGAUGAUGUCAAUAGCCUUAUGUCCAUUUCGUCUCAUGAAACCAAGAAAGCACGUAGAGUACAAAAAGCCGCUAGGUGUUUAAACGGCUCUAGUGGUAAACGUAAAUAAUAACAAUAUUUGUAAUCAUAUUGAUACACAACAACCACAAACAACAACAACAAAUCAAUUCAAUUUUCAAAAAUCUAAAAAGAAAACAAAACAAAAAAUCGAUACAAUUUUUAAGAAUGCCCUAAUUUUAGACUUACAAAAUAAAUAAAAAAAAAAAACAUAUAUACAUACACACCCCUCUUACAUGCAUACAUAACAUAUAUUUAAAUGUAUGGUGACGAAAAAAAAUACAAAAAAAAAAUAAAAAUAAAAAAUAUUUGAUAAUAUAUUUUUAAAAGAAAACAACCCCCACAAACAACAAAGUUAUUCCAACACACAAAAUAACCGACUAGCAACUCAGAAAAAGAUCUAUUCUACAAUAAAACACACACAUUUCAAAAACAGCCACAGAAAUCCACAUGAAGUUAUGUUGCAAUAUUUUAAAUAGCAAUCCCACUCCUGAAGAAGAAAAAAAAAAAAACAUUCACAAUAGUAAAGGAUAUAAAAUAUGUUUUUUAAAUUUGAAAAUAACUUUACACCACAACCCCAUAGACACCGGCUAGAGACUUUCAAAGUUGUACCACUUUAUAUUUAAGUUUUAAUUGUUAUUAUUUUGAAAACAAAAGCAAAAAACAAAAAGAACUUGAAAGUUUCACAACCCCUCCCCCCAGUAACCCAACAAAUCCCCAGAAGUAAUACACCUUUUUUUCAAUUUUCAGGAAAACAAAAAACAAGAAGCUGUGUUGAUUUCUAUUUUUUUCUAUAAUAGAAACAACAAAAGGCAACAAAAAAGAUUAUAUAAUAAAAAGAAAGACUAUAAAAAGUAUGAAA